AUGGAGCUGGCGGCUGAGAAUGGCAGCGAGGGCAACGCGAGCGGUCUGGAGCCAGGCGACCCCGAGCCGCGGCCCCUGCUGGGCAUUGGCGUGGAGAACCUGGCCACGCUGGUGGUGUUCGGGCUCAUCUUCGCGCUGGGCGUGCUGGGCAACAGCCUGGUGAUCACCGUGCUGGCGCGCAGCAAGCCGGGCAAGCCGCGCAGCACCACCAACCUGUUCAUCCUCAACCUGAGCAUCGCCGACCUGGCCUACCUGCUCUUCUGCAUCCCCUUCCAGGCCACGGUCUACGCGCUGCCCACCUGGGUGCUGGGCGCCUUCAUCUGCAAGUUCACGCACUACUUCUUCACCGUCUCCAUGCUCGUCAGCAUCUUCACCCUGGCGGCGAUGUCGGUGGACCGCUACGUGGCCAUCGUGCACGCGCGCCGCUCCUCGUCCCUGCGGGUGUCCCGCAACGCGCUGCUGGGCGUCGCGGUCAUCUGGGCACUGUCCAUCGCCAUGGCCUCACCCGUGGCCUACCACCAGGGCCUCUUCCACCGCGGCGCCCACAACGAGACCUUCUGCUGGGAGCAGUGGCCCAACCCGCGCCACAAGAAGGCCUACGUGGUGUGUACCUUUGUCGUCGGCUACCUGCUGCCUCUGCUGCUCAUCUGCUUCUGCUACGCCAAGGUUCUUAACCAUUUGCAUAAAAAGCUGAAGAACAUGUCAAAGAAGUCAGAAGCCUCGAAGAAGAAGACGGCGCAGACGGUGCUGGUGGUCGUGGUGGUGUUCGGCAUUUCCUGGCUGCCGCACCAUGUCAUCCACCUCUGGGUUGAAUUUGGCGUCUUCCCCCUGACCCCCGCCUCGUUCCUCUUCAGAAUCACAGCACACUGCCUGGCAUACAGCAACUCCUCCGUGAACCCCAUCAUCUAUGCUUUUCUCUCGGAGAAUUUCAGGAAGGCCUACAAGCAAGUGUUCAAGUGUCCCCUGCGUACGCAGUCCCCACUCAACGACACGAAGGAGAACAAGAGCCGCAUCGACACCCCGCCCUCCACCAACUGCACCCACGUGUAA